AUGACAACAACAAAUACAAUCUCAGCUAGUGAAUUAGCUGAACAAAAUGCUGAAGAUACCUAUGAACAAUACGAAAAAUAUUUCAACGCUGGAAGUGGCGGUAAACAACGCAGUAAAAUAGAAGUUGAAAUUAAUUCCCAACGUCAUGAUGCUGGUGGUGAUACACGAAAAAUUGUUACUGCAAUGGUUAACAAUGAAAAGAAUCGGUUACAUGGACAUAAAUAA